AUGGGACUUUUAUCAUUAGGUACACCUUUAGAUUGGCAUCAAUCCAAACAAUACAAUGAUCAUGUGCGAUACAAUGGUAUCACCCAAUUAAUUAACAUCUUCAAACAACAUUCAAAUACUCGUACCAAUGAUAAAUUCUUAUGGGGAGAUGAAGUUGAAUAUAUGAUGGUUGAUAUUGAUCGAGCAAAUAAAACUGCAAGAUUAUCAAUCGAUAAAGAUUAUAUAUUGGAUGAUUUAAAUGAUAUGAAUAAAUCAUUAUAUAAAGCCUUACAAAAUAAUGUCAGUUUCCAUCCUGAAUAUGGUAGGUUUAUGUUGGAAGCAACUCCAGCAAAACCUUAUGAUGGAGAUGAAUUACUGGAUUAUGUAUAUGUUGAAACUAAUAUGAAAUUCCGUAGACAAAUCUCAGAAGCAGAAUUACCGGAAAAUGUCAAACCUUUAACAAUUACAAGUUACCCAUUAAUGGGAAUUGGGAAUUUCACAUCUCCAAUUGCAAAACCAAUUGGACCAGCAUCUCAAUCAUUAUUUUUACCUGAUGAAAUCAUCAAUCGUCAUGCAAGAUUCCCUACUUUGACUGCAAAUAUUAGAAAAAGAAGAGGUCAUAAAGUUGCAAUUAAUUUACCAAUGUAUCCUGAUAAAUACACAAAAUUAUUAGAUGAUACGAUUCCAUUACAUCGUGAUUUAUUCAAAAGUGAUAAAGAACCAAGAUUGGGUGCCAGUAAACCGGGACAUGUCUAUAUGGAUUCAAUGGGGUUCGGAAUGGGAGCAAGUUGUUUACAAAUCACCAUGCAAACUAAAGAUAUAAAUGAAGCUAGAUAUCUUUAUGAUACAUUAGUGUCAAUCUCACCAAUUAUGUUGAGUUUAAGUGCCGCUGCCCCGAUUUUUAAAGGAUUCUUGGUUAAUCAAGAUGUUAGAUGGAAUGUCGUAAGUGGAGCAGUUGAUGAUAGAACUUUUAUUGAACGAGAUGUGGUUCCAUAUUUAGGAUAUUCAAUUACAGGAGGAUUAGAUGUUGAUUCCGAUAUUCAAAAAAUUAAUAAUUUUACCUAUAAACAAACAAAUGAAUUUGGAGAAUAUAUUAAUCUUUUCACGAAAUCAGGGAAACUGAUUCAAAAAAUGGCUAAAUCAAGAUAUGAUUCCGUUGCCAAUUAUUUAAGUGAUUCAAAUUAUUCCACGAAUUAUUAUAAUCCAAAAUAUAAUGAUUUAGGUUCUCCCAUGAAUAAACCUGUAUAUGAUAGAUUAAUGUCCCAUCCGUUAUUUGAUCAUGAAAUGGCAAGACAUUUCGCCUAUUUAUUCAUUCGUGACCCAUUGGUGAUUUUUAAUGAACGUAUUGAUCAAAAUAAUGAACUUGAAAAUGAUCAUUUUGAAAAUAUUCAACUGACAAAUUGGCAAACUUUAAGAUUUAAACCUCCGGCAUUAUAUGAUGAAUCAGAAGUUGAUAUUAAUAAAACUCCUGGUUGGAGAGUUGAAUUUAGACCAAUGGAGAUUCAAAUCACUGAUUUUGAAAAUGCGGCAUAUUCGAUCUUUUUAGCAUUGUUAUCAAAAGCAAUUAUCAAAUUCACCCCGAAUUUUUAUAUUCCAUUACUGAAAGUAGAUGAAAAUAUGUUGAGUGCACAUAAAGUAGAUUCUGUCCUUAAUGAUAAAUUUUGGUUUAAAUCAUUUGAGAAUUGGAAUUUGGAUCAUCAUGAAUUUAUGGGAUAUGAUUUCUCUUGGUUUGAACGAUAUUGUUGUGAUGGAAAUGAUGGAUUAGCUGAUGGUCAAGUAUAUCUUAAUGGAUAUAAUUCCAAUGGAUCUCUGAUUUCAAUGAUGAUGCCCAAUGGGAAUUCCAAGAGAAGAAAAAGUUCGAAUGGCAGUAGUAUAAGUAUUGAUGAAGAACAGCAACUUCCACUCGAUUAUAAACAAUAUUCAAUUGAUGAAAUAAUUAAUGGAACAUCCAAAUUCCCCGGGUUAAUUAGAUUAGUUAUAAAAGUCCUUGCCGAAGAUUUCUUACCUCAAUAUCAUUGCGAUUCACCAGAGUUACACAAGAAUUUAAUUAGAAUUAAACAUUAUUUAUUAUUAAUUUCUGGUAGGGCCAAGGGAACAAUUCCAACUACAGCUCAUUGGAUUAGACAUAAAGUAUUACAACAUCGUGAAUAUAAACAAGAUUCUAAAAUUAAUCAAGAAAUUAAUUUUGAUAUUUUGAAUGAUGUUUUCAAGAUAAAUGAAAUGAAUGAUCGAAAAUUGAAUGAACAAUUAUUAGGUGAGGUUAUUACUGAUUAUUUAUUUGGUGAAAGUCAAUUGGAUGGUUAG